GUGCAGAGGAUGUGUGCGGCGAGGCAGAUGUUGCUGCUGCUGCUGGCUUUCCUGGCCUACGCGCUGGAUUCGGCCGCGGCGUACGGCACGGCAGAGACCCUCUGCGGCGGGGAGCUGGUGGACACGCUGCAGUUCGUCUGCGGGGACAGGGGCUUCUACUUCAGUAGACCGGUGGGACGAAAUAACCGGCGGAUCAACCGGGGAAUCGUGGAAGAGUGCUGCUUUCGGAGCUGUGACCUGGCUCUGCUGGAAACCUACUGCGCCAAGUCUGUCAAGUCCGAGCGCGACCUCUCCGGCACCUCCCUGGCGGGUCUGCCGGCGCUCAGCAAGGUAGGAGGCUGCGCCGUGAUGGUGGCUCUUCUCAGGAAUAAAUAACAGGAGAAAAGAUGG